AUGCCACCACGUCGCGUUGAAGAAACUUCCCGGAGUAUGAUCGUGGCUGUGAAGGCAGAGAAGGUGAUAUCUAAAACUGCGUUGUCUUGGGCCAUCACACACGUGGCGAGGCCCGGCGACUGCAUUCUUCUCCUCGCCGUCUUCUACGAGAAGAUGACUGGCGGGAGAAGAUUUUGGGGAUUUCCGAGAUUGAAAGGCGACCGUCGGGGUAGUGACCGGAAUAAGUUACCGGAUAGGAUCGGACAGAUCUCGGAGUCUUGUUCUCAGAUGGUUCUCCAAUUGCACGGUCAAAUUCAGGUUGGAGUGCAAAUCAAGGUUGUCUCAGCUCUAUCUGCAGGUUCUGUGGCAGCUGAAGCAAAGAGGAAUACAGCUAACUGGGUCAUAUUGGACAAGAAAUUGAAGCGAGAACUCAAGAAUUGCAUGGAUGAGCUGCAGUGCAACACUGUAAUCAUGAAGGGUGGGUUUGGUGUGGUUCACAGAGGGGUUUUAAGGAAUGGGUUGAUCAUUGCAGUGAAGCGAUUAAAGUUAGCUGGGGCUCAAAGAGAAGAUGAUUUCUGCACACAAGUGCGAGUAUUGAGCUGUGCCCAGCACAGAAAUGUUGUGUUGCUUAUUGGUUUUUGCAUUGAACGGAAGAAGAGAUUACUGGUUUAUGAGUACAUAUGCAAUGGCUCCUUGGACUUUCAUUUACACGGAGAGAAAAGACUGACGCUGGAUUGGCAUUCGCGUUUAAAGAUAGCUAUUGGGACUGCAAGAGGCUUGCGAUACCUUCAUGAAGAUUGCAGAGUGGGAUGUAUAAUUCACCGAGAUAUGCGUCCGAACAACAUCCUCUUAACACAUGAUUUCGAACCUCUGGUUGCUGAUUUUGGACUUGCAACGCUGCACUGUGAGUGGGACUCUAGCGAUGGUGACCAAAUAGUUAAAACUUCAGGGUAUCUUGCACCAGAAUACUUCAAUGGUGGAAAUAUGACAGAGAAAGUUGAUGUAUAUGCUUUUGGUGUGGUAUUAUUAGAACUAAUCACUGGUGAAAGAGCUGGUGACUUGCUAUAUUGCAUCGACCGUCAACUAUUCCUCGAUAAUUUCCAUCCUUCAUCUGCCAUUGAACCAAUUCAACGUAUGCAUAUGUUGAGUUACAAGCACCAAUUGCUGGACUCCUGUUUGGCCUCUUACCAAAUACAAAGCUUGCCCUAUGAGAUUCAGGCAAUGGGUUAUGCUGCCUCGUUGUGUCUACAGCAGAAUCCUGAGUUGAGACCGCCUAUGUCAAAGGUACUGAGAAUACUAGAAGGAGGAAGUGCUGUUACUCCUCAGUCUUUGGACUUGAAUUCAGUUGGUAGUAGAAGUGGUCACAUGGAAGGAAUGAAUUCAAAAAAACAACUUGAAUCCAAGAUGAGGCACUCCCGCAGGUUGUCUUAUUGA